AUUACCACUGCUGCACUUGUUCGUAACGAAUAGACUAUGUCAAACGUCCCUGCAGCUAUGGAUGUAGACGAAGCCCAGAUUGAUGAGGGCUUAUAUUCUCGACAACUAUACGUGCUCGGUCAUGAAGCUAUGAAGAAGAUGGCAUCGUCUAACGUACUGAUUGUCGGGGUUCAGGGCUUGGGUGUUGAGAUCGCAAAGGAUAUCGUCCUGGCCGGCGUCAAGUCUGUUACCAUCUACGACCCGGAGCCAGUAACGAUUCAAGAUUUGAGUUCACAGUUCUUCCUUAGAGAGGAAGACGUCGGCAGAGCACGUGCAGAAGCCACAUUGCCACGGCUAGCAGAGCUGAAUGCCUACGUUCCCGUUCGCAAUCUCGGCGGUAAACCUGGUCAAGAGAUCUCAGUAAAUCAGCUUAAAGGGUUUCAGGCUGUUGUCCUUUGUGGCGCCUCCUUGGCCAAGCAAUUGGAAGUCAAUGACUGGACGCAUGAAAAUGGUGUCUACUUUAUCGCGACAGAGACUCGCGGUUUGUUUGGAUCCGUGUUCAAUGACUUUGGACCAAGGUUUACUUGCGUGGAUCCUACAGGCGAGCAACCUCUAAGCGGCAUGAUUGCAGAAAUCGAUAAGGACAAAGACGGUGUAGUGACUUGCCUUGAAGAGACUCGACACGGACUUGAGGAUGGAGACUUCGUGACUUUUUCUGAGAUCAAGGGCAUGGAGGAACUUAAUGGCUGCAAACCGUUGAAAAUCACCGUUAAAGGGCCUUAUACAUUCAGCAUCGGUGACACCUCACAAUUCGGUGACUAUGUCUCUGGAGGCAUUUUCACCCAGGUCAAAAUGCCAAAGAUCAUCAGCUUUAAAUCUCUACGAGAGACACUUCAAUCACCCGAGUUUUUCAUGACAGACUUUGCCAAAUUCGAUCGUCCAGCUACACUUCACGCAGGAUUCCAAGCAUUGUCAGAGUACCGAGCUCAACGCAACCGAUUCCCCCGACCGCGCAAUGUGGAUGACGCAAAUGAGCUCAUCACACUUGCGAAGAAGUUUGACUCGGACUUGGACGAAAAGGUAUUGACUGAACUGUCUUUCCAGUCGACCGGCGAUCUAGCUCCCUUGAACUCCGUGAUUGGAGCGUUUGUGGCACAGGAAGUGUUGAAGAGUAUCUCGGCAAAGUUCCACCCAAUGGUUCAGAAUAUGUAUUUCGAUUCUCUCGAGUCUCUACCUUCUGUUUUACCGAGUGAGAAGGACUGCCAGCCAGUGGGCAGCAGAUACGACCGACAGGUUGCUGUGUUCGGGAAGGCAUUCCAGGAGAAGAUUGCAAAUCACAGACAAUUCCUGGUUGGUUCAGGUGCUAUAGGCUGCGAGAUGCUAAAGAACUGGAGUAUGGUUGGUCUCGCGACUGGUCCAAAAGGCGUUAUCCAUGUCACAGACUUGGAUACCAUUGAGAAGAGCAACUUAAACAGACAAUUCUUGUUCCGUGCGAAGGAUCUGGGAAAAUUCAAGUCGGAGGUUGCCGCCGCUGCAGUCACUGAGAUGAAUCGUGAACUAAAGGGUCAUAUCCUUUGCAAGCAAGAGCCAGUCGGCGAGAACACUGAAAAUAUUUAUACUAAAGAGUUUUUCGCCGGCCUGGAUGGCGUUACAAAUGCACUGGAUAAUGUCGCUGCGCGACAAUACAUGGACCGUCGUUGUGUAUUUUAUGAAAAGCCGCUUCUCGAAUCGGGUACUCUAGGGACAAAGGGGAACACCCAGGUCAUAAUUCCACACCUAACGGAAUCUUAUUCUUCAUCGCAAGAUCCUCCAGAAAAGCAGACUCCAAUGUGCACAGUCAAACAUUUCCCGAAUGCCAUUGAACAUACGAUUGAGUGGAGUCGAACGAUGUUUGAUAAUCUAUUCGUCACACCUCCAAAGGCGGUGAACUCGUACCUUACAGAACCAAAUUACGUCGAAGACCUGAAGCACACAGGACAACAACGAGAACAAGUGUCACAGAUCGUUUCUUAUCUGGUGAAGAACAAGCCAUUGACAAUAGAGGAAUGCAUCGUCUGGGCUCGACUGCAAUUUGAAGAGAAGUUCAACAACGACAUUCGCCAAUUGCUUUUCAGUCUGCCGAAGGAUCAUACAACGUCUACCGGACAACCUUUCUGGAGUGGUCCUAAGAGAGCUCCCGAUCCGUUGACUUUCAAUCCAGAAGACCCCACACAUCUCCAAUUUAUCAUCGCCGCUGCGAAUCUCCAUGCCUACAACUAUGGCCUGCGCGGCGAGACGGAUCCUGCAAUCUUCAAGAAGGUGGCCAGCUCCAUCGUACCGCCUAAAUUCGCCCCAAGGAGUGGGGUGAAGGUGCAAAUCAAUGACAGUGAUCCCGAUCCGGAGGCCGGUAGCGGUGGUGACGAUGUUAGCGACCUAUUGAAACAGCUUCCUGCAGCCUCUACUUUCGCUGGUUAUCGCAUGAAUCCGGUAGAAUUCGAGAAAGAUGACGACACUAACCAUCACAUCGAUUUCAUCACCGCCGCUUCUAACCUUCGGGCUAUGAACUACAGUAUUUCUAUCGCGUCUCGCCACCAGACGAAGCAGAUUGCGGGAAAAAUCAUCCCUGCAAUUGCGACAACGACUUCAUUAGUGACUGGGCUCGUGUGUCUGGAGCUUUACAAGAUUAUCGAUGGGAAGAGCAAGCUCGAAGAUUACAAGAAUGGAUUUGUCAAUCUAGCUUUGCCAUUCUUCGGGUUUUCCGAGCCCGUCGCUGCAAAGAAAAGCAAGUACCACGAUACGGAGUGGACUCUAUGGGAUCGCAUCGAGUUCAAGACAGAGCCGACCUUACAGGAGUUCAUCGAUACGUUUAAGAAGGACCAUAACUUGGACAUUAGUAUGGUCAGCCAAGGCACUACUCUCCUUUGGAGUUCUUUCCUUCCAAAGGCGAAGAAGGAUGGUCGGAUGCAGAAAAAAAUCAGUGAAGUUGUCGAGUUAAUCGGCAAGAAGCCCCUUCCAGAGUGGAAGACUCAGCUGAUCCUCGAGGUGAUUGCGAUGGACGAGGAGAUGGAGGACGUCGAGGUCCCGUUCAUUGUUGUAAAUGUAGACCGGAGAGCGUAGGCGAAAGAGCACAGCAGUUGAAUACAUGUACACGUAAAACGCCGAAUGUAGUGUAGUCGUAUAGAUUAAACCUUUUUCACACGC